AUGGGUCACUCAUUACCGCAACUGGACAAUUCAGAGUAUGCCGUCGGCUGGAUCGCUGCUUUGCCUCAUGAAAGAGCAGCUGCCAAGGCAAUGCUUGAUACAGUGCAUGCGCCGCCGCGGUACAAACAUGCCAAAGAUCAUAAUAGCUAUAUGCUAGGUUCUAUAAAUGGCCCAAAUGGGGAACAUAACGUGGUUAUUGCCAGUCUUCCAUCCGGUCGAUAUGGAACCGUCACUGCGGCUAUGUCUGCUAAGCAGAUGCUUUCUAGUUUUCCCAGUAUCAAGUUCGGGCUAAUGGUUGGCAUUGGUGGUGGUAUUCCGAGUGAGGAUCAUGACAUCCGCCUGGGCGAUGUUUUGGUUAGUCAACCAACAGGCGCCUUCGGAGGCGUACGACAAUAUGAUUGCGGCAAGGUCACUGCGCAUAGGUUCGAAGAGUGUGGUGCACUGAACUGCCCUCCUGAGGCCCUUCUCAAUGCGAUGGGUGAGCUGCAAAGCAACCAUGAAAUGAUGGGAGGCACAUCCAUACCCGACAUACUGGAGUCUAUGUACACAGCUUAUCCAGCAAUGGCAGACUCACGCAGAGGACCAGGAUAUAUUUACCAGGGUGCGAACUAUGAUCGAUUGUUCUACUCUGAUUGUAUACAUAAGAAUGGCACAAAAGAUUGUGGUGGGUGUGAUCCUGAGAAAGAAAUCAAACGGCCUGAACGACUGGACCAGGAUCCUUGCAUCCACUAUGGCACUAUCGCAUCAGGUAAUAAAGUAAUCAAGGAUGCGAAGGUGCGUGAUUUGCUAGCAAAGAACUGCCUUUGCUUUGAAAUGGAAGCCGCGGGGUUGAUGAACCAAUUCCCAUGUCUCGUCAUUCGUGGAAUAUGUGACUAUUGUGAUACCCAUAAGAACGAUCGAUGGCAGAAGUAUGCUGCAGCUACUGCUGCUGCGUAUGCAAAAGAGCUUCUUCAGGUUACUGACGCCUCGGACAUCCAAAACACACCAGAAGCCCGCAGUAUUGUUAUGGAUAAUCUUUCGGAGAUCAAAACGAUCGUCAAGAGCCUCGCCCAAAAUCAGGAACAGAAGGACUUAUUCAGAUGGCUGUCACCACUCAGCCCCUCAGCCAGGCAUCUUGAAAAUCAAAAAAGACGGGCUGAAGAUACUGGAAGGUGGAUCUUUGAAGACCCAAACUUUCUCAAUUGGUCAUCAGAAAGGCCCGGUUUUCGAACCCUCUGCUGCUACGGCGACCCAGGCGCGGGAAAAACAAUCGUCUCGUCUAUCGUAAUCGACAGACUACGAGAGCUAAUGCCCCUUGGUUCAAUCGGACUAGCGUACCUUUAUGGCGAUUAUCGUGACCAGAGAGCACAGUCUGUAGAAAAUAUUCUUGGGGCAAUCGUGAAGCAAUUAUUAGCACACUUGUCCGAGACACCUCAGGGAAUCCUGGAGAUUUACGAAACACGCGUCAAGCAGGAGAAUCCCUUGAGUAUACCUGAUGCAGAAAGGUUUCUGGACAUUGCAUGUGAGCAAUUCAGCAGAGUCUACAUCUGCCUGGAUGCACUAGAUGAACUGCGGGACCAGAGGAGCCUCUUAAUAUCCUUGCAGGCCAGAUCAUCUUCAGUACAGCUAUAUAUUACUGGUCGGCCUCACGUUCAAGUACAAGUUGAGAGACAUCUGAAGGAGAAACGUGAGAUUCUCAUCGAAGCACAUGAUGACGAUAUUCGACGGUUCAUCGACCUUGAGAUUGGUGGACCGAACGAUAUUGAGCCGGACACCAUGGACGAGAAGCUGAGAAUGGACAUUCAGAACAAAGUUAUAGAGUCAGCUAAGGGCCUAUUCCUGUUGCCUGUUUUACAGGUUCAUGCUAUCUUGCAAGCUACAACGAUACGGCGUCGUGAGGAGGCCUUGAAAACAUUGCCGUCUGAUCUCGGGGAUGCUUUCGCGGGUACAAUGAUGCGAAUAGAGGAACAGCCAUGUGCACAAUCUGAGCAGGCAAGAAAGAUUCUUGCUUGGGUUUAUCUAGCAGAACGACCAGUUGCCAUCGAUGAGCUUCUGUGCUCACUUGCGAUCGAAGACAACGAUACAGCUUUCAACUUGAGAGGCAUACCUGUUAGAAGCACAUUGAUCAACUGUUGUCAUGGGUUAGUGCUGAUUGAUCAGGAAACUUCCACUGUACGGUUGGUUCACUAUUCUUUUCAAGAAUACCUCUGUCAGCAAGACCAGUUAUUUGGGGUCAGCAAAGUACAGUGGCACAAUCAAAUUGCACGGACAUGCCUUACUUUCCUAAGCUUCCCUUCAACGAGUACAGAAGAUAAUAGUAUGACAACCGCUCUUAUGCCUUACGCUGCUACCAAAUGGGGUCACCACCUUCGGAAGAGUGAACACCUGCAGGACGCACCGUUGGAACUUGCCCGCGAAUAUCUCCGCACCGUGUCAACUCAUAAUAGGGCAGGCCUGCAUUUAUUAUACCGAGAAAUGUACGAAGCUCAGUACAACGACAAUGAGUUGUGCCUUGUGGCCUUCCCUGCUCAUAUAGCAGCUUUCUUUGGUAUUUAUGCGCUUGUACUUCAUCUAUGCUUGACAGAAAAUGAAGUAGACUUGAGGGAUAUUAAAGGCCAAACACCAUUAUCAUGGGCUGCGAGGCGGGGCCACAAGGUUGUGGCCAAGCUACUGAUCGAGAAUGGUGCUGCAUUAGACCCUCAAGAUGAUGCUGGUAGGACACCGCUGUUACUGGCAUUAGACUCCAGACACGAAGCAGUAGCUUUGUUACUCAUCGAAAAUGGUGCAGCAGUUGAUGCGGCGGACAAGUUCAACAAUGCAGCACUGUCAAUGGCUGCCCAAAGCAGAUGUGAAGCAGUAGUAAAACUAUUAAUUGAAAAGGGUGCUUCAAUGAACACCAAAAAUCAGUCUGGUCGAACACCUCUCUCGCUCGCUGUACUAGGUGGCUUCAAGGAGAUUGUUAAGCUGCUUCUUGACAAUGGCGCCGCAGUUGAGGCAACGGAUCGAUAUGGCCGGACACCACUUUUGUUUGCCGUAUCGAGUGGACUUGAGGAAAUUGUGAAGCUACUCCUAGACAAGGAGGUUAAUGUGGAGGCAUUUGACUAUAAGUAUGGCCGUACACCACUCAUUUGGGCUGCAGCGGAAGGAUAUGAGACCAUUGCGAGGCUACUGAUUGAGAAAGGCGCCGAAGUAAAUUCAGUAGAUUCUGGCUUUAGUUGGACACCACUUGCAUGGGCAGCAGUCAAUGGGUUUGAAGGAAUAUCAAGGCUACUCCUAGAGAACGGCGCCGAGAUGGAGUCCGUGGAAGUGAAUGGUUAUGGCCGGACGCCGUUACUGUUGGCGUUGGAAGCCAGAAAUGAGCCGAUAGUCAAGCUUUUGGUUGGAAAGCUUGCUGACGUAGAGUCGAAUACUCUACGACGCACUGAGCUGGUGUUAUGUGUUGAAGAGAAGGGACUCGAUGCCUUGAUGGACCUUCUGGGAUUCACGACUGACCACCGUGGUCAUCGGUCGAAACGAAAGCCAAAUGCCAAUGAUCCGAUCCAUCUGUACUUUGAUUAG